AUGUUUUGGAAUCGAUCGAUUCCGACCCUUUUGCUCGUUUUCCUGCUUGCUGGAAAUCCCGGCUCCCCUAUUUUCGCUUCCGCCGACGUAUGCUCCUACAGUUGGACUCCAGGACAUGUGGGCGAGCGUGGCCAGCCCGCAUUAGCUGAAUGUGGAACAUCAUCCACUACAUAUCUUCAAUGCACGCAGUGUGGAAGGUCUGAUGGGAAACCACCCGCUGCUCAAGACUGCACUGACGAGAGCGGAAAGCCAUUCGGCGGCUCAGGAGACUUGACUUGUGAUGUCGCAUAUUCCAUCAGUACGGCAGGUGUCGGUGGUAGAAAAGUCUUGUGCACGCACACUCACCCAGGGGGAACGUCGGACCAGGUCUAUUGCCUUCGCCUUGUUAGGCCUCAACAAUGCAGUGGUUGCAACGCCUAGCAUGUUGCAUCUAUCCCUAUUCUGACUAACUCACCACGCGUUUGACUAUGUUUGUUACGUGUACAUGACGGCGCUGCUUGAUGAUACUGCUACCAACAAUUGUCAUUAUUCUUGUCUAGUCAGACCUUUUUGCCGUAGGGUCAAGUGGAAUGCGACUCAUUGAUCUUGCUUUGGAUCCAA